UCCCUCUCCCUCUCUCUCUCUCAGAAUCUGUGCCAGGCCUGGCUGGAGCACAGACAUCCAUCAAACAUGAUCCCUACCCACAGUCCAAGAGGGGUGAUAAGGUGAGGGGGCAAAGGGCAAUGCCAUGAGGUAGAAUGUGGUGAGAAUCUCAAAUACCCUGAUGGUUUAGAGGACAGAUCACCCAGAGAAAUUAGGGAGGUUCCCAUGAUAUGAACUUUGAGCCAGACCCUGAAGGAUGGUUAAGAUCUAGCCCCAUGAGGUUGGAUUUCCAUGGUGUGUCAGCUUGGAUUUUUCUCCCUCUUCCUUAGCUCUAUAGUUCUUCCAGGCUACUUUGUAGCAAUUUGAGUCUAAAGCAUCACCUGCCACUGGAACCCAAAGGUCUAGGAGGAGCUUCAAGCUGUGACAAGACUCCCAAUGGAUUCAUCUGAGGUUAACCCAACCUGGACCCUGGAGUCUCCUCAAACGUCCAUUGAUGAAAAUUCCCAGGCAAUUCCAGUUGCCUCUCAACCUAUGUCUGAAGUGUUAAUAAAGAACCUCAGUAACCUGACACCCAACCCUAGUAUCAAAUUGCCAUUCAUUCUACCAGAAUGUCUACCUCAACCAACUGGGCGGUUACUUGGUGAAACCAUACCCUAUAGGAGAGGGGUGAGGACCGUGUUAACUGAUCGGAGAGAUAAAAUAGAACGUCUGAUUCAAUCUGUUAAAAAACGCUACAGCAAAGGAGUUCCUCGGCCUGACUCUCAAAGAGAACCAUGGCAGAAUGAUGUUGAGACUCAGUCAAGAGGGCAAAGAUUUAGAAGUAGCUGUCGUUUUUGCUGGUUUCAUAGAGAUCCUUCUGAGGAUAAUUAUGAGAGUUAUCACAACAAUAAGCAUUACAGUAAUUAUGACAUGGAGUCGAAGGAGCCAUAAACCUUAUUCUUGUACUAUUUUUUCUUCCUGGUAAUUUUAGGAUCAUUAUGAAGCU